AUGAAGGAAGCCGUUGUUACCGAUGCUGAGAAUGUCGAAAUCAUCGACUCUCCGAUCCCGACUGCCGGGCCGGAUCAGGUAGUCAUCAAAGUCGUUGUGAGCGGCUCCAACCCUAAAGACUGGAAAGGCCCCGAAUGGAUGGGCAUGAAGUUCAACUCGGGAGACGACAUUGCCGGCAUCGUCCACAGCGUCGGCGCCGGAGUGUACGAGUUCAAGCCGGGAGACCGCGUAGCCGCCUUCCACGAAAUGCGCACCCUACACGGAAGCUUCGCCGAGUACGCCGUCGCCUGGCAGUACACCACCUCUCACAUUCCUGAGGAUUUAAGCUUCGAAUCCGCCGCAACCAUCCCUCUCGCGGCCCUGACCGCCGCCAUCGGCAACUACGUCCGCCUCUCGCUUCCAGAGCCAUGGAAGCCUCUCCCCAAAGACCAGAAACUCCCCUUUCUCGUCUACGGCGCCGCGUCCGCCGUGGGCGCCUACGCCAUCAAGCUGGCCCGCCUCUCCAACAUCCACCCCAUCAUUGCUGUCGCUGGAAACGGCAUCCCCUACGUCGAAACCCUCCUCGACAAGAGCGCCGGCGACGCCGUCGUCGACUACCGCAAAGGCAACGACUCGCUCGUCUCUAGCAUCAAAGCAGCCCUCGCCGCCUCAGGUACUUCGCAGCCGCUGCCGCUGCGCUACGCCUUCGACGCCGUCGCCGAAAAGGGCUCGCACGAGAACCUGGUCGCCGUGCUGGCCCCGGACGCCUCCGUCACCAACGUCCUGCCCACCGAGCGCUUCGGCCCGCCCGGCUUCGCCUGGCCCUCGACCUACACCUGCGCCACGUGGUCCAUGGUCGGCGACGUCCACGGCCCCCACAAGCAGGUCGGCUUCGUCUACUUCCGCUGGAUCUUCCGCCAGAUCGCCGAGGGCAAGUUCGCCCCGCAUCCGCACGAGGUGGUGCCCGGCGGCCUGGCGGGCGUGAGUCAAGCGUUGCAGGACUUGAAGAACGGGAAGGCGAGUGCGGUCAAGUAUGUUUUUAGGAUUGCGGAGACGGAGGGCGCGGGCAAGGAUUGA